GGGCGCGGGCGGCGGACGGUGGCCGACGAGGUCCGGCAUGGAGCACCUGGAGCGCUGCGCGUGGCUCCUCAGGGGGACGCUGGUGCGGGCUGCGGUGCGACGUUACCUUCCCUUGGCGCUCGUCGCCUCCAUGCUGGUGGGCUCCGUCCUCAAGGAGCUCUCCCCGCUGCCCGAGAGCUACCUCAGCAACAAGCGCAACGUCCUGAACGUGUAUUUUGUCAAAGUGGCCUGGGCCUGGACCUUCUGUCUCCUCCUGCCUUUCAUCGCCCUCACCAAUUACUACCUGACAGGCAAGGCGGGCUUGGUCCUGCGGCGGCUGAGCACCCUGCUUGUGGGCACAGCCAUCUGGUAUGUCUGCACAGCCCUCUUCUCCAACAUUGAACACUACACGGGCAGCUGCUACCAGUCGCCGGCACUAGAGGGGAUCAGAAAGGAGCACCAGAAUAAGCAGCAGUGCCACGGAGGGGGAGGCUUUUGGUAUGGCUUUGACAUCUCGGGCCACUCCUUCCUGCUGACCUUCUGCGCCCUCGUGAUUGUGGAGGAGAUGGCUGUGCUGCACGAGGUGAAGACGGAUCGAGGCCAUUUCCUCCAUACUGCCAUCACCACCCUGGUGGUUGCCCUGGGCUUCCUGACCUUGAUUUGGGUGUGGAUGUUUCUGUGCACGGCUGUUUAUUUCCAUGACUUGUCCCAGAAAGUGUUCGGCACCCUCUUCGGUCUGCUGGGCUGGUAUGGGACAUACGGCUUUUGGUAUCUGAAAUCCUUUUCCCCCGGACUUCCUCCCCAGAGCUCUUGUUUGAAUUUGAAACGAGACAGUUACAAGAAAUAAAAGAGAAGCAAAGGGGGUGACACCAGGACAAUGGCUAAUGUAUUUUUCAUUUAUUUUUCUUAGUUAUUUGACUAAAUGAUUGCUCCUACUUCAGAGAGGAAGCUUGCCAGUUUUGGUGAGUGGAGGUAGAGUCUGGGGAGUGAGUUCAGCCCUUGGCAACUUCACCUGGUGUCACAAGCGCCACCAUUACCCAUCGGGUACUUUUCAUCCCUGGCAAGACUUGGACUGUCCUUUAUGUCCCUAGAGGACGGAGUCAGGAAAGCCUCUGUUGUGACUGGAAGGGAAGCCAGGGCCUCGGCGCCCUCCCUGCUGCCAUGACUCCUCCUGAUUCUGGUUGUCUUCUGUUCCAAUGGCUGUUAAUGCUGUUAUUUAAUCAUUAUUCCCUCUGGUCAAUUUUGCAUAAGCAUUUAUUUCCAGCAGGGUUCUUUAACAACCAGCUGCCUGAAAGACACCAUCAGGUUGUAGUAUUUAUUUCAUCUGUGGAAUGUUAAAUAUUGCAACUGGCUGGUGAUUAGCUAUUUAAACAAACUGGAGUGCCUCUGUGUGACUGAAUAUUGGGUGAAUUUUAUGUAAUGAGCAUUGAUGAUGUUCUGUCCAUGUUGUCUACUGUUACCUAUUGGUUUUAGAACCAUUUGUCACUUUUUUUUUUCCUUUCCUUUUAAGUGAACACUUUAUAGUUUUUAAUGACGACCAUGGCAUUUUGUUCUUGGUUGAUAAAACUCCUGAAAAAUAACUCAGAACUGCAGCGCUGCACCUCUGGCACAUGUGUACAUGCCUUGAGGUUUUUUAUGAACAUUAAUUUACUUUUUAUAAACCAAGCUCUUGGCUUAUGGUAUAAAAUUCCAUCUCACAGGGCUGUUUGUUUAUAAGAAUUAAACCAGAAAGCAGACAUUAUAACAAUGACUCCAUGAGUUAUAAACUGAGUCAGAAUAAUUUUGCAAAACAGGCGUAUUUGCACUGAAACUUUCCUGACCACACACGAGUGGUGUGCACCAUCGAGAACGAGGAGUACGUUGAUCACUCAGCUGAAAGUGGCCCUUGGCACUUCACCUUUGGACAAGGUUAAUAUAGUGGGAGAUGAAGGAAAUGCUUCUAAUGGCAGGGAGCCAACCUGUUUGCAAAGAUGUCCUCAUUAAAUGGUGGCAUGUCUUUGGCCCCACCCUUCUCUUGCAUCAUCAGCCAAACCAAACCUAGACCUCUUGAACUCUUUUUUCCCCUGGCAGCAACUCUCCAUUUCCAGCCUUGUCCUGUGACCCGCACUGUGAGGGUGCUGGGAAGAGUAGAAUCCUGUCACCCCAUCUCACAAGGGCACAGUUACCCACACACACACACACACAUACAUACACGCUCUCACUACAGGCUAGUCUCUUUAAAUCCUUUAAACCAGGCCCCUUGACUUUUGGGUAGUCCGUGAGGGUGCUCUGAUGUCCCUUCCCCACCCCCCAAUCUAGCCUGAUAACAUUAACUGACAGGUAAGAAUUAUACUUGACUGACUUAACUCCAGCUAAGGUUGCUAGGAGCACGAAGGCUGGAAUAGCCUGGGUAAAUUGUAUUUCAUAAUUCAUAUAAAGAUGUAUUUGAAAUAUGUAUUCUUAAGGGCUGCUGGUUGAUUUGUAUCGCUCGAAGUGUGUGGUAUGUUGUACCCACAGUGGCAGAAGCACCUGUGAUGGUGAGAGGGCGGAAGUGCCCACCCAGUGCCUUCGUGGCAUUGGCAAAAUGGGGUGACCUCCAGGAGCGGGUUUUUUGUUCUGGGGUGUUUAUAGCCAUAAACUGGGGAUAGGAUCUGUGCCGGGGGCUUGUUGAAAGGAUUGGAAGUUCUCCUAAGUUUCAUGUUCAGCAGCAACAGGCACAAGGUCACUCCAGAGUUCAUUUGUUACAUUUAAAUCUGAUAUCUCCUUCAGCCUUGAAUCAGCAAGUGUCAGUUUUCCAGCCCAGUGUACUGAUUAGUCUUCCACUACUUCCUGCUCAUUUUUGCCUUGUUCUUGGGAACAAGAUCUCUCUCCCUACCAGAGAGAGUAUGUGUAGCUGAACUAGUUCGAUUUUAGGCAAACAUGAGAUGUGGGUUCAGAUGGUGGCACUAAUGUGAUGGCUGCCUAACCACCACGGGCAAGCCUCAUUUUCCUCAUCUGUAAAGUGGGAUGAUAAUGUCAGGAUUAUGGGAAAGGAUGCAUGUGACCUGACUAUCCCAAGUGCUGGCAGGCGAUCAUCCUCAGCCUCCUAUUCCUUGACCAGGCCUUGGGAACUUUGUGGCGCCUCUGGAGAAGGCAAGGGAAUGCACAUCUGUUGAGUGCCAUCUGGGGACUGAGUCUCCUGUUGAAAUAGUCUUGUGUCGUCUUUUGGAAAGUGUCUGUUGCCCCCAGGUGCUGAACAAGAGGCUGCCCAGGGCUUCCAUGAUCACGGAAAACCGCCUUGCUGUGUUAUCUGUCGGUGCUGGGGUUCUUGCACUGAAGCCUCAUUUUUCACAUGCAUCUGUCAUAGUCUGAGUACCAGAUUGUAUUUAGAGAAUGGCUCUUGCCACUGUUAUGUACACACAGAUCGCGCGUGUGUAAACAAGCGAAUUAAGUAAAUUAGAGAUAAUAAAAUCCCAUAUUCCAGCAUUUCGUGUGUUCCUUUCUAAAACCCUUAAUAAAGUCCAAAACCCAGCGAAAGAUCAGCCCACUUUGUGAAGGCAGUGUAGCUCUUUCUUGAGCCACUUGUUAUUUAGAGGGGAGUUCUUGGCUGUAGUUUUUCUUAUUUUUUCUCCUAAAUCCUGUAAACUAAAUAUGUGUUCAGUCAUUUCUUAGCUUGAUUUACACCUUCCCACUGCCAUGUCCGUGUCUUAAAGUCCUGAGACCUGGAUCAGAAAACUGUUGGGAACAGUUUUCUUGGCAGAGAAGAGUUAAGCCUCAUUGAAGUAACAUGGAAGAACAGCUACAAAGUUCACGCAGAUGAGCCUUGUGGCCCUGGAAGCUUCUACAUAUGUGAGGGCUUUUGUGUCAUUUAGUGCCCACUCAUUUGUCAGCCUGACCUACUUGGCACCUCCAGUGAGUGUGUUGAAAUCUCAGUGGCUCCCAGAUUAGAAUCUCCUCACACGCAGACUUCCCUGUUCAGAUUCCUUCAGCAGAAGCAAACCCUUCAUGAUUCAUACUGCGGGCCAGGAACGGGUGGGAUGAUAAAUGCCCUCCCUCAAAGCUUUUGUGGCCUGAAGUCCAUCCUUUUAGUGCUUAUGAUGUGUGCUGGUUACAAAGACAAAUGUGAUACAUCUCUGCAUUGGAGGGAGUUUUUAGUCUUUGGGAGAAGACAGAAGGAACCAGCAUCACCAUAAAGUGUUCUGAGUACCUGGGCCAGGUCAAGGCCUGGGAACGCAGGAGGAGACAACCAACAACCCUGGGAAUUAGAGAACAUUUUCAGAGAAGUUAACGAUGCUUUUGGGUUUUGAAGGAUAAAGAGGAGUUCAAGCAAUUGGACAGAGAAGGAAAUUCAAGAAAGUAAGGACAGCCCACAAAGACACACAAAUAUGUUGCCAUGGUUUUUACUGAGACAUCCUUUCUCAGGAAACCAAGCUGUCCCAUCAUUUUCAAGAGUGAAAGAGCCUACAGCGAAAUAAGCCAGAAAGAAAAAGAAAAAUACCGGAUGGUCUCACUCAUAGCAGGAACUUAGAAAACCUAAAUAAGAGACCAGGAAAAAGACUAAUCAAGACAAAGUAAAAAUCAAAAUCAACAAGGGCCUCCCUGGUGGCGCAGCGGUU